AUGGCCAUUAGCCAAUCCCCAUUUAAACUUGUCGAUAAACAACAAGCUUUAUUAGAAGCGGAUGAUCCAGUAUCCCAACUUCAUAAAUGUGCAUUCUAUAUGAAGGAUACAGAACGAAUGUACCUCUGUCUAUCCCAAGAACGAAUCAUUCAGUUUCAAGCCACACCUUGCCCCAAGGAAUCAAAUAAGGAAAUGAUCAACGAUGGAGCUUGCUGGACCAUUAUAUCCACAGAUAAAGCAGAAUAUCAGUUUUAUGAGGGAAUGGGCCCAGUACGAUCUCCUGUUACUCCAGUGCCGAUAGUACACAGUUUACAUUUAAAUGGCGGAGGGGAUGUCGCUAUGCUCGAACUUACUGGUGAUAAUUUUUCUCCUUCACUGCAAGUUUGGUUUGGAGAUGUUGAAGCUGAGACUAUGUAUAGAUGCCAAGAAAGCAUGCUUUGCGUAGUACCCGACAUAUCACAAUUCCGAGGAGAAUGGCUGUGGGUACGGCAACCGACUCAAGUACCUGUUUCACUGGUCAGAAACGACGGUAUUAUCUACGCCACUGGACUGACAUUCACGUAUACUCCAGAACCUGGACCUAGACCGCAUUGUUCUUCUGCAGAUGAAAUAAUGAGGCAGGCGCAAAGGAAUCAAGGGGCUGCGCAGGCGCAGUCGCAACCUGCCAUUACAGAAAAUGCUUGGAAUUCGCAUGGAAUGCAUUAGUCAAACACGAACUUUCUUUAGCUCGAAAAAUUGUAGCAAUAAUGGAAAUG